GAAUGCGAUCGCACUGUUGAACGGGAGAUAAGGCACGCUUUAAUAAUAUGCAGCCUCUACUAUAGACAUAAGGUGAAAAAAGUUGACAGGAUGCUGCGGUGGAGAGUGUCGAAGCCCACUGUGCUGAGCCUUUUGCUAAUUCAGGUUGUUGCAGUGGUGCUUCUGUACAGAUGGUACAACCGUCCACCGUCUCAAAACACAUCUCUAUCUGAGGGCAAGGUGCAUGUGCUGCUGCUGUCGUCUUGGAGGUCUGGCUCAUCAUUCCUGGGACAGGUGUUUAACCAGCAUCCGGAUGUCUUUUAUUUGAUGGAGCCAGGCUGGCACGUGUGGAUGUCUGUAAAGCAAACAGGUGCACGUAGCUUACGAAUGGCAGUGCGUGAUAUGAUUCGUAGUGUCUUUCAGUGCGAUAUGUCAGUGAUGGACGCUUACAUCCCCCAGCCAUGCAACGUCUCCAAACUCUUCAUGUGGAGCCACAGUCGUGCACUCUGCUCUCCACCCGCAUGUUUUCUCACAGCUCGUGACAAAAUCAGCAAUGAGCAAGAAUGCAAGAAGAACUGUGACACGCAGGGUUUGAAGCUAGCGGAGGCAGCUUGUCGGUCUUAUAGCCACGUGGUGUUAAAAGAGGUGCGCUUCUUUGAGCUGGAGUCGCUGUUCCCACUACUGCGGGACCCUACUCUGGAUCUGCGCAUCAUUCAUCUAGUUCGUGACCCACGAGGUGUGCUUCGUUCCCGAGAGAAGUCUUCCAAAGCCCUGGUGCAAGAUAGCGCCAUAGUACUUGAACAGGCUAACCUUCCGGAAAAUGAACAGCCGUACCAGGUCUUGCAGGAGAUUUGUCGUAGUCAUGUGCACAUUUAUAAGACAGCCAUGUUAAAGCCACCCGAUUUCCUACGGGGACGCUACAAAAUGAUACGCUAUGAGGAUUUAGUGCGUAACACGCUGCCCGAGAUCGAAGCCAUGUACGAGUUUGUAGGGUUGGACAUGACCGAAACUUUGCAGGAGUGGAUCUACCGCAUCACCCAUGGGAGGGGCAAGGGAAAGAAAAGUGAUGCCUUCAAGAUCACCUCGCGAAAUGCAGAGGACGUCUCCUUGGCUUGGAGAACCACCUUAUCAUUUGAAAAAGUCCAGCACAUCCAGGAUGUUUGCAAAGAUGCCAUGAAUCUGCUUGGAUAUAAAACAGUGGAUAGUGAGAAAGAGCAAAUGCUGCUGGAUGUAGACUUGCUGAAACCAAAUGAACAGAAUCAGUUCAGCUGGCUACCUUCUAAAAGCACUAUCGCUAAAGUAUAGAGACGCUCCAGUGGCAUAGGCAUAAAAGUGUGUCAUUUGUGCAUCAGUUUUGUUCUUCUUCGCUUCAUACAAAUGUGUCCUAGGGAACAGCAGAGAAUUUGGACAUUCCUCUGUUAAACAGGACACUACAGCAAUGAAGCGCUGUUCUCUUCUUAACACAAAAUUUUAACACUGGAUGCUGUUUUUGAAGAAAUCGGGGUCCAAUAAUUAACUUUAAGUUUUAUUUAUCGACAAA